CAAGCCGUUCGGCUCUCGCGCCCGCCCGCGCUCCCGCGAAGGGGCCAUCCACCGCGUGCAGCAUGGAGGACAACAGUGCCCCUGUGAAGCGCGCCCUCGGCCCGCCGCAGUCUGCGUGACACUGGGCGAAGCCGGCGCCUCACCGCGAGCACCUCGGCCAGGGACAAGGUAUGCCCCAGCAGCUCGCGGAUGCUCGCGGUUCCAGCAAACACGCACAGGUCGAGGCGGCGGUCGAGAUCUCCUUCGUUAUGCCAGAUCAGCCUCACACGCGACCCUGUUGAGUUGCCUGAGCCGCUAAGCUUGGAGUAUGAGAACGUCGGCCAGGAUCCUCUCGGCGAGGGUGCGUUCGCUAUUGUGAAGUUGGUACGGCAUCGUACGACACACGAGCAGUUCGCGCUCAAGUGCAUCGAUAAGUAUCAGCUCAACAUCCGCGGGAUGGCGGCCCAGAUGGAGCAGGAGGUGCUGAUCCACCAAGCGCUGGAUCACCCGAACAUCUUAAAGUUGGUCCGCGUGGUGGACGCCAAGGACUACCUCUUCAUGCUGCUGGAGUUCUGUGGCGGCGGCACCCUGCGCGACCACCUGGACGAUGCCCCUGGCCGCAGGCUUCCGGAACCCGAGGCGGCCAAGCACUUCGAGCAGGUGGUGCGGGGCACGGAGUGCAUGCACCGGCACCAGUGCAUACACAGGGAUCUGAAGUUGGAGAACGUGUUGUUCACCUCGGCGGGGGUGGUAAAGAUAUGCGACUUCGGCUGGAGCACGCAGGUGCAGAUGAAGCGGCAGCAGAAGACCAAGUGCGGGACGAUGGCCCAUUGGGCACCGGAGCAGUGGGACAACGGGCCGCAGGACCCUGCGGAGGGAGCACGGCACCGGGUGGUGGAGCGGCGGGUCAUCCCCACCCUGGGGCAAAGACGGAGGUGGCUCAGGCAGCAGUGGUGGACACCGCUCGCCCAGGGCGACGGUCCAGACUUGUCCAAAGAUGUGUCGCAGCAGCUCAUGACCCUGUCCGAGAAGGCUGGUGACACUCGGAACGUUGCCCGCCACAAGCAGAUGUUUGAGGACAUGAAUGGAUUCACUGCCAUCCCAGAGCGUCUGAGUUGCAAGUUCCGCAGUUUCGCGGACGCCCCCGCCUCGCAGUAUCCUGCGACAGCGGCGCUCAAGUGGCUCGACCACAGAUCUAGGCAGCCAUUCGUUAAGUUUCCCCGUGCGAGUUCGAAGCGGCCCCAGCGAAGCGAGGCAGCUGGGCGCCGCGACCUCCCGCUGUCCGAGAUGCGCCUGGCCCCCACCAGCCCACGCGCGCCGGGUGCACAGCCUUGGCCUCAGCUGCUGCAUCCGAUAUCCAACGUUCAAUUGAGGCGCCAGACUUUCUGCCCAUGGAAGCAGAAGUUCACGGGCAACAGAUUAGUUGAGGUAGUCACGAUGUCAGGGAAGGAUUCCAGGGACGGCCGCUGGAACAUAUCAACUCAGGAGGGCGACGCGCCCACCUCGCAAGAUUUGGCAUCGGUCGUCGACUCUGAGCGCCACUGGCUGUGGGAGCGCCCUGCGUCCCAGGCCGAGCGCGAGGAGCUUGUUGGCGAGGGGCUCAUUCAGGUUGUCAGUUGCAUCCAGGGCGCCAGGCAGGCCCAGAAACACGUGGCCGAGUCUCUCCGCGAGUGGGGGAGGAAGGCGCACAAGACCGCCGUGCCGGUGCCCGUGCACACGGCCGCGGCAGAGGACGGGGCGAUAGGAGGGCGCGGCGCGGGCGAGAUACAACGCGCGUGGUCUCCAGCCGCGGCACCGAAGAUUGACCUCGGCGCGCCUGCCAUCUUCUCCGUGGAAUCUGUCAUACUGACACCAGGCGGGGAGGCUUACAUCGAGGACCUCCAACCACUGGCCGAUGUGGAGGAGGAGCGCCGCGGGCCAGCGGCGCCGCCGCCGCCGCCCAGCGGCGUCGGGGGCGGCGGCAUUCUCAGCGCGGUGGAGGACCGCGGCGCGCCUGAGCCGCAGCGGCCCGCGCCCCUGGCGGCGCCGGAGGAGGCGGUCGAGGAGCGGGCCCGCGGGGCGGCGACUCCCCGGGGGAGCGGGCGCAGAGCGCGAGCUCCCGCAGCGCCGGCAGCGCCGGAGAGCCGCCAGGUGGCCGCCGACGCUGGACUGGGGAUCGCCACGGGCGACGAGCUCCUCGACGCGCCGGACGUUCCUGGUCUCGCGGGGCGGGCUCCGAAGAUUCUGCCCAGCGCCUCGCGCGAACGGCAGCGACUGCAGCGAGAGGUGGCGACGAAGAUGCAGCUGGUAGAGUUCAAGGACAGGCUCGCGCCAGGCGACGGAGCGGGCGUCGAAAAGAUCCGCCGCGACGUCGAGGCGGCGAGGCAGAUGGGGGAAGCGCAGGGGGAGGCCAACGCCGCGCGCAAGGGCGGCGCGUGA